CCAGGUUUGGGGGCACGGGACGAGGGCCCUGUCCGACCAGGGGUGUCCUGACGAAGGUGCCUCCGGAGCGCCCACCUUCUGCCUGCUGCGGGCCCGGGAAUGGAAUCCGGCGUUGAUACGGCGUGGAGCACCUUCCUUGAGCCUGAGGUUGUCUUUCUGCGUUCUUGUCCAGGGCUGCACCCGCAGCGGCCGGGGGCUUAGGCCGGGGAAGACGCGCGCUCUUCUAGCUGCGCGCUUACCUAGCUUCUGGAUUCCUUACAGGGGAUGGACGUUACCGCUGAAAGCAAAGCGAAUGAACUAGUCGAUAGUAAGAAAACCGGAAAACCAAACCUGUUGCCGUCGAGUCGAUUCCGACUCAUAGUGAUCCUGAAGGACGGAGUAGAACUGUCCCAUAGGGUUUCCAAGGAGCGCCUAGUGGAUUCGAACUGCUGACCUUUAGUUAGCAGCCUUCGCUCUUAACCACUACACCACCAGGGUUUCUUCCACGGUAGAAGGUGGUGAUUAUAGAGGUUCGGGUGCUGGUUUACAGGUUCCUUCUCGCGUCUGGAACUUUUUCGUAGAAGUGGUUUCUCCUGUGCAGCUCCGUUUGUUCCCCCAUUAUGCUCUGAUCUCCGUGGAGGCGACAACUCUGAGUCGUUUGUUAUCUUCAGAUUCUGGCACUUAUCAAGUGCUCAGUUCUUGUUUAAUGGAGCCCACACACCGAGUCAUAGGAUUAGGUCCCAUGUCAAGGCUGGUGCAAAGGAUAAGUACGGCGAAAGGAAAUUGGAGAAGGUAAAUCGAAGGCACCUACCCUCCUAGUAUCCUUUGCAAUAACCAUACUGGUUACGUCUGGUUUUUGAAGGGCCAGUUCAUGAAGGACCUUGUGUGUUUGGAAACUCAGACUUUAUCCAGUUGGAUAAGAAUGAAGGGGUGAGGAAAAAGAUGACAAAAACAGUUUUCAGCUUGGGGCAUAGAGAGGGUAGAAAUGCCAUGCCAUUUCAUAUCCCUGAAUAGGGGCAACUGUCAUUUGGUAAAGGAGCCCUGGUGGCACAGUGGUUAAGCACUUGGCAUCUAACCAAAUGAUCAGUGGUUAAAACCACCAGUGGCUCCGUGGGAGGAAGUUAUGGCCGUCUGCUUCUGUAAAGACUACAGCCUUGGAAACCCUAUCAGGGGGUUCUGCUCUGUCCUGCAGGGUCACUAUGAGUCCAAAUUGAUUCGAUUCAGCAGCAACCAGUUUGGCUUUAGAAUUUGGUAGGAGAAUAGCAAAUUCUUCCCUUUCCAGGUUGCAUUUGAUGUGCUUGUGAGACGUUGUGAUAACAUCAGGAGGUUGAAAACGUGGAUUUAGUGUUUAGUUUGGGGGUCCAGAGCUAGGCACUUAAAUCUAAUUGGCAUAUUAGUGAUCUUUUAGUACUUGUUGCAGAGCCCUGGUGGCGCAGUGGUUAAGAGCUUGGCUGCUAACCAAAAGGUCAGCAGUUCGAAUCCACCAGUCACUCCUUGGAAACCCUGUGGAGCAGUUCUACACUGUCCUGUAGGGUCACUGAGUCGGAAUCCACUCAACAGUGACGAGUUUGGUUUUCUUUUUGUUGGGGAGGGGGCGUUAGUACUUGUAGUCAUGGGCAUGAUGAUUAGCUAAGAGGUGGAUAGAUGAAUGGGCAAAGAAAGAAAAUGGAAGAGGUUUCAGAAAGUUAGGAGAGGACCCAAGAUUGACCCAGUUGUGAGGGGAUCUUUACUAUGUAUAUUUGAGAGCCGAGAGAAGUUGAAUCAACGAUGCUUGGGUAGGGGGAGGUUGGAGAUUGCAGAUGUAAAAGAAAGGGCACUAAUUUAAGUCCAGAGUUCUGGGGAAGUUUGGAGGAUUCUCCUUGCUUAGUCUUAAAAAGGAGUGGGUCACUUUGUCCUCUGAGAAGAUACAAACAAAAACAAACCUACUGCCACCAAGUCAAUUCUGACUCAUAGUGACCCUAUAGAACAGAGUAGAACUGCCCCAUAGGGUUUUCAAGGCUGUGAAUCAUUAUGGAAGCAGACUGCCACAUCUUUCUCCUUCCAAGCAGCUGAUGGGUUUAAACUGUUGACCUUUCAGUUAGUGGCCAAGUGCUUUAACCACUGUGUCACCAGGGAUAAGGAAGUUAAAAAAGAAUGAUGGGUGAAAAUAUUCAAAGAAUUCAAUUUUGAGGCUCAAGGUGAGGAAGAGGAAGGAGCUUACAGUGGUCACUAUGCACUCGGUGAUUUGAGAGCUCAGGGUGUUUGCUGAGUUUGUCAGAGUCCACUCAGAAAAGUAGAAAUCACACAGUAUUUCAACAGAGGAUUUAAUAUAAAGGAUUGGUUACAUUGCUGGGGAAGGAUGAAGAAAUGAAAACAGAGCAAUGAGGUAAAACAGAUACAGUAACUGAAAGAAGCAACUACCACACCUAGCUAGGGCUGGGAGAACAAAACAAAGGGAAGAAGUUGGGGUUAUCAGGACCUAGACCUUAGAGGAGGGGCACUAUGAGCCUGGGACAAGGACUUCUGGUGUUGAUAGCUCAGGCAUUCAGAAGAAGAGCCCACAGAGCAGGAUUUCAGACCUCUGAGGAAGGCACUGCCUCACUGGUGCUGGUACCUCUGGCAGUGGGGGUGAUGAGGUUGGUCCUCACAGUGCUAGAAACUGGGGCCAUAGGCCCCUGCGUGAGUGAAGGCCCAUUGUUGGGGCAACAUUGACAGGAACAGCUAGACUACAGGAAAAAGUUCUCCCCUUCUUCUGCUUUGACCAUCCCAGGUUCUUAGCCUAGGGCUCCACAGGGUGUUAGUGAAUAGAAUCCAAGUUUACGGGGGGAUAUGAAGACCUGAUAAUGAUGUGAACAUGAUAACUGUAACAGUGUGAUUAUUCUUAAAUAAACCACCGUUAAAGACGGCCAGGAGACACUACAUCUUGGCCCUGUUGCAUGUCCUCUUCUGCCAUCCUACUGUUGCUUACUUCCUUCUAGUCAGACACAGAGGUGUAGUGAGAAGUUGCCCCCACCUCCUCCCGCCCCAUUUGAGCAUCCAGGAGCGAUCUCUAAUUUACACCACCCCCCGACUCCACCAUUUCAAGGGGAUGUGCCAGUAGAGAUGCCUUCCCCUCUCUUGUCUGGCUGCCUCAGUCAGGCACCUUUUAUAUUUGUGGCACCUUGGAACGUCAUUCCGCACCUCCUCCGGAGCCUCCUUGGACUUAGGCUUGGGGCAAGUGCCCCCCUCGGCCAUGCUCUCUUCUCCCACACCUCUGGUUAGACAUGCUAAGCAUUCUCCCAUUUUGAAUCUACCCUUCCUUUCAGAUCUAUCUCAGUGAUAAUCUUUAUAAUGUUUAAAGAUGGAAAUAAUGCUUUGAAAAACCCAAGCUGUCUGUAUACUAAGGUAUUAGAAUUAGAUCUAAAUUAAAAACCUGCAUAAUGCAAUACACAUUCAGAUAAUUUGCAGAAGCUCUUGCACAUAGUUGUCAGCAAAGCUUACUAAAACCUCCGUCCUGAUCCUCUUCCUCACUCCCACCAUAUAGGGUUUCGCCUUCCUCUGAACUCUCAUUGUAUGUUAUGUCUUUCAUAUUACACUUCACAAUAUCUCCUGUGUAGUAUGGAAGCUAACUCAUCUUUAUGCCUUCAGUAUCAAGUAUAUGAAGUAGAUGCCAAGGUGAGAGAAUUCACCUCAGAUGAAUGAGACAAGAGCAAUGCAGCGUGUGUAAAUACCACCCCUAAUACAAGUAGGGACUUGUAGUCAUAAACCUUACAGAGAUCUGAAUGUAGAAAUCCAGCACAUUUAACAAAUGGUUUUAGUUAGAUAAUGUUUUGCAUAAAAGCAAGUCUUUGAUUUUCCCAGACCAAAGGAGAUUUCCUAUUUAACAUUCUUUUCUUGCCUUUUUCUGUUACACUGAUAAAAGCUGGGCUAGGGAGGUAAAGUUAUUUGAAGUAGUUAUAUCAGGGCUCUGAGCUUUUCAAAUGUUGGCCAUCAUUUUGAAGUAAGCUGUUAUAAUUUUACUAUGUCUUUCCCACCACCAGAAACAAUAAAUACGUUUUAUAUUUGUAUCUUUAAUUUUAAUUUUUAAAUGAACUUAAAAUUAAACGAACUUAUAAAUAAGUUUACCUAAAACUCAUUGCUGUCUAGUUGCUUCCAAUUCAUUGCAACCCCAUGGGACAGAAUACAACUGCCCCAUAGGGUUUCCAGGGCUGUAAAUCUUUAAAGAAGCAGUCUGCCACAUCGUUCCUCAAGGAAUGAUUGGUGGGUUCGAACCACUAACCUUUCAGUUAGCAGAUGAGUGCUUUAACCACUGCACCACCAGGGCUCCUAUAAAUUUAUCUAAUGGAUAUUAAAUGUAGCCUUGAUGGUGCGGUGGUUAAAUGCUUGGCUGCUAACUGAAAGGUUGGCAGUUUGAACCCACCCAGUGUCUCUGCAGGAAGAAGACCUGGUAAUCUGCUUCUGUAAAGAUCACAGCCCAGAAAACCCUCUGGGGAGUUCUACUAUGUCACAUGGGGUCACCAUGAGCAGACAUCAGUUUGACGGCACUCAGCAACAAUAGUGGAUAUUAGAGCCAUUUUACUCCAGACACUGAAAUUCAGAAUCUUGCCUCUCUUCAAGAAUGAGAAUGUAAAAUAGAUGCAUGAUCCCUCAAUUUGUAGAAUGUAGCUGUAAAUAAUGGGUCAGGUUGCCACCUCAGAUCCCUGCAUGGCUGUGUGUAGGAAAUAGUGUUCAUCAAGAGUUGUACUUUUCUCUUGGGAGUUAUUUCAUCAUGCGAAAUCUAAAAUUACUUCGGACCCUGGAGUUCAAGGAUAUUCCAGCUCCAGGGAAACCCCAGUGCUUCUCUCUUCGGGCUGAAGAGGGAACAGUGCUCAUUGGCUCAGAACAUGGCCUGGUUGAAGUAGAUCCCGUCACAAGAGAAGUGAAGAAUGAAAUUCCUUUGGUGGCAGAAGGCUUUCUCCCGGAGGACGGAAGUGGCUGCAUUGUUGGUAUUCAGGACUUGCUGGGUCAGGAGUCUGUGUGUGUGGCUACAGCCUCUGGGGACGUUGUGCUCUGCAGUCUCAGUACACACCAGCUGGAAUGUGUUGGGAGUGUAGCCAGUGGUAUCUUGGUCAUGAGUUGGAGUCCUGACCAAGAGCUGGUGCUUCUCGCCACAGGUCAACAGACUCUGAUUUUAAUGACAAAAGACUUUGAACCAAUCCUGGAGCAGCAAAUCCACCAGGAUGACUUUGGUGAAAGCAAAUUUAUCACUGUUGGAUGGGGCAAAAAGGAGACGCAGUUUCACGGAUCAGAAGGCAGGCAGGCGGCUUUUCAGAUGCAAAUGCAGGAGUCUGCUUUGUCCUGGGAUGACCAUAAACCACAGAUUACCUGGCGUGGUGAUGGGCAGUUUUUUGCUGUGAGCGUUGUCUGCCCAGAGACAGGGGCUCGAAAGGUCAGAGUGUGGAACCGAGAGCUGGCUUUGCAGUCAACCAGCGAGCCCGUGGCAGGACUGGGACCCGCCCUGGCGUGGAAGCCCUCUGGCAGUUUGAUUGCAUCUACACAAGACAAACCCAACCAGCAGGAUGUUGUGUUUUUUGAGAAAAAUGGACUCCUUCAUGGACACUUUACACUUCCCUUCCUCAAAGAUGAGGUUAAGGUAAAUGGCCUGCUCUGGAAUGCAGAUUCCUCUGUGCUUGCAGUCUGGCUGGAAGACCUUCAGACAGAAGAAAAUUCCACUCUGAAAACCUAUGUUCAGCUCUGGACUGUUGGAAACUAUCACUGGUAUCUCAAGCAAAAUCUUCACUUCAACAGCUGUGGAAAAAGCAAGCCUGUGUCUCUGAUGUGGGACCCAGUGACCCCGUACCGGCUGCAUGUUCUCUGUCAAGGCUGGCAUUACCUCUGCUAUGACUGGCACUGGACAACCGACCGGAGCUCGGGAGACAACUCGAGUGAUUUGGCAAAUGUGGCUGUCAUUGAUGGACACAGGGUAUUGGUGACAGUCUUCCGGCAGACUGUGGUUCCGCCUCCCCUGUGCACCUACCGACUGCUGCUCCCACAGCCUGUGAAUCAAGUCGUGUUCUCUGCACACCCUCAAAAGAGUAACGAUCUUGCUGUCCUGGAUGCCAGUAACCAGAUUUCUGUAUAUAAAUGUGGUGACAGUCCGUGUGCAGACCCUACGGUGAAACUGGGAGCUGUGGGUGGAAAUGGAUUUAAAGUUUCCCUUAGCAUACCUCACCUGGAAAAGAGAUACAAAAUUCAGUUUGAGACUCAUGAAGAUCAAGAAGUAAACCCACUGAAGCUUGGUCUUCUCACCUGGAUUCAGGAAAAUGUGUUCCUGGCCAUAAGCCACAGUCCGUCCAGCCCACAGUCUUUGAUUCACCGUUUGACUAUGGCCCCUUCUGAGGCUGAUGAGGAGCAAGGACUGCUCAGUGUCAGCUCAUCUGUGAUGGUGGAUGGGGCUAUAAUCAGUCUGUGUUGCAAUUCCAAGACCAAGUCAGUAGCAUUGCAGUUGGCUGAUGGCCAGAUACUUAAAUACCUCUGGGAGUCACCUUCUCUGGCUGUGGAACCAUGGAAGAACCCUGGGGGAGUUCCUGUCCGGUUUCCUUACCCAUGUAUGCAGACAGAGUUGGCCAUGAUUGCAGGAGAGGAAUGUGUCCUUGGUCUGACUGACAGAUACCACUUUUUCAUCAAUGACACUGAGGUUGCAUCAAACAUCACAUCAUUUGCAGUAUAUGAUGAAUUUUUAUUGUUGACUACCCAUUCCCACACCUGCCAGUGUUUGUGCCUGAGAGAUGCCUCGUUUAAAACAUUACAAGCAGGUCUGAGCAGCAGUAAUGUGUCUAAUGAAGAGACACUGCGGAAGGUGGAGAGGGGUUCACGGAUUGUCACUGUCGUGCCCCAGGACACAAAGCUCGUAUUACAGAUGCCAAGAGGAAAUUUAGAAGUUGUUCACCAUCGAGCGUUGGUGUUAGCUCAGAUUCGGAAGUGGUUGGACACACUUAUGUUUAAAGAAGCAUUUGAGUGCAUGAGAAAAUUAAGAAUAAAUCUGAAUCUGCUUCAUGAUCAUAACCCUAAGGUGUUUCUUGAGAAUGUGGAAACCUUCAUAAAACAGAUAGACUCUGUAAAUCAUAUUAAUUUGUUUUUCACAGAAUUGAAGGAAGAAGAUGUUACAAAGACCAUGUACCCUCCACCCGUCUCCACCAGUGUUCAGCUGCCCAGGGAUCCUGAUGGGAAAAAUGUAGACCUUAUCUGUGACACCCUGAGAGCGGCCAUGGAGAACAUAAAUCCUCACAAGUACUGCCUGUCAAUACUCACCUCUCAUGUGAAGAAAACCACCCCAGAACUGGAAGUUGUGCUACAGAAGGUACACAAGCUUCAAGGAAAUGCCCCAUCUGUUCCUGAUGCUGUGAGUGCAGAAGAGGCCCUGAAAUAUUUGCUGCUUCUGGUAGACGUUAAUGAAUUAUAUGAUCAUUCUCUUGGGACCUAUGACUUUGAUUUGGUCCUCAUGGUAGCUGAGAAGUCACAAAAGGAUCCCAAAGAAUAUCUUCCAUUUCUUAAUUCACUUAAGAAAAUGGAAAGUAAUUAUCAGCGGUUCACUAUAGACAAACACUUGAAACGGUAUGAAAAAGCCAUUGGCCACCUCAGCAAAUGCGGACCUGAGUACUUCCCAGAAUGCUUAAACUUAAUAAAAGAUAAAAACUUAUAUAACAAAGCUCUGAAGUUAUACCCACCAGACUCGCAGCAGUACAAGGAUAUCAGUGUUGCUUAUGGGGAGCAUCUGAUGCAGGAGCAUCUCCAUGAACCAGCAGGGCUCGUGUUUGCCCGCUGUGGCGCUCACGAGAAAGCGCUAGAGGCCUUUUUGGCCUGUGGCAGCUGGCAGCAAGCCCUCUGCAUGGCUGCCCAGCUUAACUUUACCAAAGGCCAGCUGGCUGGCCUUGGCAGGACUCUGGCAGGAAAGCUAAUUGAACAGAGGAAGCACAGUGAUGCAGCUACAGUUUUGGAACAGUAUGCCCAGGAUUAUGAAGAAGCUGUGCUCUUGCUGUUAGAUGGAACUGCCUGGGAAGAAGCUCUGAGAAUGGUAUACAAAUAUAACAGACUAGACAUCAUAGAAACCAACAUAAAGCCUUCCAUUUUAGAAGCCCAGAAAAAUUACCUAGCAUUUCUGGACUCUCAGACAGCCACGUUCAGUUGCCAUAAGAAGCGUUUGUUGGUGGUUCGAGAGCUCAAGGAGCAAGCACAGCAGGUGAAUCUGGGUGACGAGGGGCCCCAUGCUCAAGAGUCAGACCUCUUCUCUGAAACUAGCAGUGUCAUGAGCGGCAGUGACAUGAGUGGCAGAUACUCGCACAGUAACUCCAGAAUAUCAGCGCGAUCAUCUAAGAAUCGCCGCAAAGCGGAACGGAAGAAGCACAGCCUCAAAGAAGGGAGUCCACUGGAGGAUCUGGCCCUUUUGGAGGCAUUGAAUGAGGUGGUACAGAGCGUUGAAAAACUGAAAGAUGAAGUAUACCGUAUUUUAAAAGUGCUGUUUCUCUUUGCGUUUGAUGAGCAAGCAAAAGAAUUACAAAAGGCCUUUGAAGAUACUCUGCAGCUGAUAGAAAGGUCACUUCCAGAAAUUUGGACUCUGACCCAUCAGCAGAAUUCAGCUACACCUAUUCUAGGUCCCAACUCAACCGCAAACAGUAUCAUGGCCUCCUAUCAACAACAGAAGACCCCAGCCCCUGUUCUUGAUGCAGAGCUUUUUAUACCACCAAAGAUCAACAGAGGAAUCCAGUGGAAACUAAGCCUUCUAGAGUGACUCUGGCCCUAGUGCAGAGGGCUUCUACAGAGAAGACUUAGCCACCCAUGGCUAGUUUUCCUUCCAUCCCUCCCUCAGUCUGGCCGGCACUGGGAAGAAUAAGAAUAAGACAUGACCUACUAUAGCACUGCGGAAGUGUUGCUCUAUGAAUAAGACCUCAGCAGACACCAAGUGUUUUUUUUUUUUUAAUUUUGUGCCUUUUUUUUUUUUUUUUUGUACCUCUUCCCUCCAUUGUAACCAUCAAAGAUUGUUUCUUUUUGUGUGUAAACCUCUUCAUAAGCUUUUACAGUGGUGGUCUCAUACAAUGUGUAUAUUUGUCCUGUUGUGACUGACUUAUUUCACUCAGCGUAAUGCCCUCCAGGUCAUCCAAUUUGUGAGAUACUUGGCAGAUUCGUCAUUGUUCUUUAUUGUUGUGUACUACUCCAUUGUGUGUAUGUAUCAUAGUUAAUUUAUCCAUUCAUCUGUUGAUGGGCAUCUAGGUUGUUCCCAUCUUUUUGCUAUUAUGAAUAAUGCUGCAGUGAACAUGAAUGUGCAUAUGUCUAUUCAUGUGACGGCUCUUAUUUCUCUAGGAUAUAUUCCUAGGAAAAUUUUGUGUAUAUGUUUUAAUCAUUAACAAAAUUUUUAGCUUCAGCCAAUGUAUCAUUUUAUAAGAAUUACUGCUCUUUUGUAGUGCUGUUUGAGAGAUUAUUUCUGGUAUUUAUAGUAACCAGGAGAUUGGGUUUCAUUCCCAGUUACAGGUCUGAUUCAUAUUGUGACCCGAACAAGUCACACAGUUGAUUUGUGCCUCAGUUGCUCCUCUGUUAAUUGGGAAUAACGUUUCAUGGCUUCUACCUCAACAGUGUUAAAACAAGUAAAAUAAUGUUUCUAAACUGUUUUAUGUUCCGGAUGAAGAGCAUUAUAUAUGAACAACAUGGCUGUCAGUGCUAACGUUUGAUCAAAUUUAAAUCACCGAAAUGGCUUCUUCACCUUCAACUGAGGCUGAAUAAAAAAUGAAGUGUAUCCUUUGAAAUUCAAAGCCCUCCUAUGCUGGCAGCUGAUAUUUUGUAAUAUCUUACAAGGUCAUGUCCUUCCAGUUAGAGCUGGACUGACCCUCCUGUGGUUGCAGUGUUCAUAGGGACUAUUUUACUUCCUGUGUAUUUUUUGCUAGAGAAUUAGCAGUGUUAGAGCUGGAACAGAUUAGAAUUUAUAAAACAGCAUCAUGCAUAUUGAGUAUUGUCUUAGGCUAGGUUCUCUAGAGAAGUAAAACCAGUGAAGUGUAGAGAGAGAGAUUUAUAUCAAGGAAAUGGCUCACACAGUUGUAGGGGCUGGAAAGUCCCGAGCCUUUGGAGGCUUCUCCUGACUUAGAUAGCUGCAGGGGCUGACAAACCCAAGAUUGGUGGGUCAGAUGGCAGGCUGCUGGCUCACAGGCUGCAGAGGUUGAUGAAUCCCAGAUUGGCAGGUAAGAUGCCAGGUUGUUGGCUCACAUCCCAAGAACUGGAGCUCAGAUGAUAAGCCAAAUGCAGGAUCCAGAGCAGAGUAAAAGCCAGUGAGCUUUGCCAGAAAGUCCAUAUGUAUUGGAUGCAGGCCAUGCCCCGAAGGAAACUUGUUUUCAACUGAUUGGCUGCUCAUAGCAGAUCUCAUCAUGUAGGAGAUUACAUUUUAUCUGACCUCAUCAUGGAGGUGAUUACAUCAUUCCAUAACUGCCAAACUACUGAGAAUCAGGGCCCAGCCAAGUUGACACACAGCCGUAACUAUCGCAGUCCACCCCUUGUCAAUUUGGCACCUGUACACUUCUCCUUAAACCAUAUAUAAUCUUUAAAUAAAAAGUCAUACUUGCACCUAACAUAAUACGACUAACACGGGUACAACCGAAAACGCAUUAGCCCUGUUUACAUCUUAUAUUUUAUAAGAAAACAAAAAUAUUUGAUACAUGCAUACAAAGAAGAAAUACAACAAUCAACAGUCCUUAUUGCUGCAGCUGGUCACAUGGUCAUAGCUGGUGUUUAGAAUUACCUUUUCCACCACCCAUUCUCUAUUCCCUUUACCCUUGGCAACAGCUCAGCUGGUUGUAAUUCUUUGCCUGCUGGGGUGACCCAGACCUUCAUUAGUAAAAGGUCUGGAUCAUUAGUGGUCGUGUCAGAAUUAAGUUGCUGUAGUUCUCCAUUGACUUUAAUCACAGAGCAUGGUAGUACUAAGAGGUGUCCUAAGGGUUCUGCGUUCCAGACAUACUCAGAAUUCUUAAAACUCCAUUAUGUAAUAUUAAUCCAGUUUCCUCUUGGUAGUUAGGAUCAAUCACAUGAGUCAGUAAAUACAGUAACUCCCUUCUUUGCAUGUUGAUCCAGGGGCAUAAGGAGCCCAAAGUGGCCAGGUGGCAGUCUUACAGUUCAGUGGAAUAGUGAUGUGUAUCCAGGUGGGAGCAUUCCUGCCUUUGGAACUAAGACUUUUUAACCUGCAGAGCAUAGGGUUGUGGGAACAGGGAGCACAAUUUUGUGAGUGAGUCACUAGAGGUAAUAAUGAGUGGUGUCACUCCUGUUUCCACCCCUUUAUUCCUGGACCCAUGAACCCUGACAAUGGCAGAAACAGCACCAUAUAUUGGAUGUUGGUUUAGACUGUGUACAGCCCCCUGAAGAACAUUGCCCCAACCCCGUAAGGUAUUACCACCUAGCUGGUGCCAUAAUUGUGUCUCUAGGAGGCCAUCCCAUCAAGCCAGCUACUUCAGGAAAUGAGGAACAUGGUAAGACCAGUGAAUUCCAUGAGCCUGGCCCAAUGCUGCACUUCAUUUGCUGUGAAGUGAGUCCCUUCAUCUGAGGUGAUGCUGUGUAGGAUACCAUGAUGGCAUUCUGCAGGUCCACAGAUGGUAGUUUUGGCAGAAGCUUUGGUGCAGGGAAGGUAAAUCCAUACCCCAAGUGUCUAUUCCAGUGAAAACAAAUGUUGCCCUUUCUGUGAUGAAAGUGGUCCAAUAUAAUCAACCUGCCACCAGGUUGCUGGCUGAUCACCUUGAGGAAUGCUGCCAUACUGGGGACUCAGUGUUUGCUGCUGGCAGCUUGGGUACUCAACAGUGGCUGAGCCAAGUCAGCCUUGGUGAGUAGAAGUUCAUGUUACUGAGCCUAUGCCUAAGUUCCAUCCCUGCCACCAUGGCCACUUUGUUCAUGGACCCAUUGGGCAAUGAUGAGAGUGGCUGGGGAAAGUGGAUGACUGGUUUCCACAGAAUGCAUCCUCCUACCCAUUUGAUUGUUAAAAUCCUUCUCUGCCGAGGUUACCCUUUGAUAAGUAUUCACAUGAAGCACAAAUAUUUUCACUUCUUUGGCCCAUCCAGAGAGGGCUAUCUACAUGCCUCUUCCCCAUACCUCAAUUUUCCAGUCAUGUUCCUUCCAAGUCCCUAACCAUCCAGCCAAACCAUUGGCCACAGCCCAUGAAUGAGUAUACAGUGGCACAUCUGGCCGUUUCUCCACCCAAGCAAAGUGAACAAUCAGGUGCACUGCUUGAAGUUGUGCCUAUUGGAAAGAUUUCCCUUCACGACUGUCCUUCAGAGAGGUCUCAGAAAGGAGUUGUAGUGCUGCCGCUGUCCACUUUUGAGUGGUGCCUGCAUAUCGUGCAGAACCAUCUGUAAACCAGAUGUGAGUUUUCCCCUGUCAACUGAUCGUGAGGAAUUCCCCAUGAAGCCAUAGGUGCAGACUGGAAGAUGGAAGGUAAUGUGACAGAAGUGGAGACCAUGGGCAUUUGAGCCACUUCCUCAUGCAACUUACUUGUGCCUUCAGGUCCUGCUCAGGCCUGAUCUUGUAUAUAUCCCUUCCAUUUAAUGAUAGGAUGCUGUUGUCCAACUUUAUGGCUCUGUACAUCGGACAACACCCAGUUCAUGGUGGGCAGCUCAGGCUGCAUGGUGACUUGGUGGCCCAUGGUUAAGUGUUCAGUCUCUACUAAGGUCCAGUAACAAGCCAAAAGCUGUUUCUAAAAAGGCGAGUAGUUAUCUGCAGAGGAUGGCAGGGCUUUGCCCCAAUAUCCUAAGGGUCUGCUCUGUGAUUCACCAAUAACGGCCUGCCAAAGACUCCAUACAGCAUCUCUAUCUGCCAGUGACACUUUAAGGACCAUUGGAUCAGCUGGAUCAUAUGGCCCAAGUGGCAGAGCCGCUUGCACAGCAGCCUGAACCUGUUGCAAAGACUUGUUCAGGGCACCAUUCAAAACUAGCAGCUUUUUGAGUCACUUGAUAAAUAGGCUGAAGUAGCACACCCGAUGAGGGAUAUGUUGCCUCCGAAAUCCAAAGAGGCCCACCAGGCGUUAUGCCGCCUUUUUAGUUGUGGAAGGAGCCAGCUGCAAUGACUUGUCCAUCACUUUAGAAGGAAUAUCUAAUGCCCCACAACACUGGAGUCCUAGAUAUUUUACUGAGGUGGAAGGCACCUGAAUUUUUGUGGGAUUAAUUUCUUACCCUUUAGCAUGCAAAUGGAGCCCUGGUGGUGCAGUGGUUAAGUGAUACAGCUGCUAACCUAAAGAUUAGCAGUUUAAAUCCACCAGCUGCUCCUUGGAAACCCUAUGGGGCAGUUCUCUGUCCUAUAGGGUCACUAUGGGUUGGAAUCGACUUGAUGGCAAUGGGUUUGGUUUUUGUAGUACACAAAUGCUUUACCAAUAAGUCCAGAGUCAUCGACAUGUCUUCCUAACUAGGUCCAAUCAGCAUAGUGUCAUCAAUGUAAUGGACCAGUGUGAUGUGAAGGGAAAGGCAAUGAAAGUCCCUGUGGACUAAAUUAUGACAUGGAGCUGGAGAGUUGAUAUACUUCUGAGGUAGGACAGUGGAGGUGUAUUGAUGGCCUUGUCAGCUGAGGGCAAACUGCUUCUGGUGGACUUUUGAAAUAGAUACGGAGAAAAAGGCCUUAGCCAGAUCAAUAGCUGCAUACCAGGUACGAGGGGAUAUGUUAAUUGGCUCAAGCAGUGAAACCAUGUCUGGAACAGCAGCUGCAAUUGGAGUCACCAGCUGCUUACGUUUUCAGUAAUCCACUGUCAUUCUUCAAGAUCCAUCUGUUUUUUUGCAAAGGCCAAAUACCCGAGUUGAAUGGGGAUGUGGUGGAAAUCACCAUGCCUGCAUCCUUCAAGUCUUAUGGUGUCAGUAAUUUCUGCAGUCCCUCCAGAAAUGUGAUAUUAACUUUUGGUUUACUAUUUUGCUAGGUACAGGCUGUUCUAAUGGCUUCCACUUAGCCUUUCCUACCAUAAAAGCCCUUACUCCACAUGUCAGGGAUCCAGUGUGUGGGUUCUGCCAGUUGCAGAGUAUGUCUAUUUGUAACUAGGAAAAUCACUACAGGAUAGGUUCAGAUAUCCAUUGUGAGACAGGAGAUAACUCAAUAUCCUGACCUGCAUUUGUCCUGCUCUGGUGGGCCUCAAUGACAUUUUGGGUCUCCUGGAAUUAGUAUUAAUUCAGAGCCAGUAUCCAGUAAUCCCCAAAAAGUCUGAUUAUUUCCUUUUCCCCAAUGAACAGUCACUUUCAUAAAAGGCUGUAGAUCCCUUUGGGGAAGGCUGGAAGAAAGAUUAACAGUGUAAAUUUUUGGCAGUGUUAUUGGAGUCCUUCCUCAAGUAGGCCAGGCCUUCUCUUCAUUCAAGGGGUUGUAGGUCUGUAAACUCACUGAACUCUGGGAAUUCAUUGAGGGCCAUGACACUCUAUUCUGCCAAUUUGGGUUAAACCGCCAUUCACUUGACCUAGAAUUCUUCCACUUGUACAGAUCAAGUAAAUAUUUAGUAGAACUCCCAUCUAUUUCACUCUUAGGGACACCAUGCCUAAGUAGCUAACACCAUAAGUCUAUAUGAGUCAGAAUAUUCUGAUUAUUGCUUUGACUUCACUGCCCAUUACUGUAACCAAGUCCACCGUGUCUUUUUUGGCUCAGUGCCACAACUUGGCACCUACCACCAUGGGGUCCACUCAGCCCCAUUGUAGUUAGGUGUCUUAAUUGAGAUAGGGCAGUUUUCACUGUCAAAGGUGACUUACGUAAAAUAGCAAUCACGGCAGUCUUCAAAGAUGCUGGGGCUCCCUUCACAAAUUUGUUCCUCACUGUUGUGGUAAAAGUUGUGUGCUCUGAGCACUCCACAUGUGGGUCUGUGGGUUUAACCUGAUAAACCCACGCUAACGUUCCAAUUUCCCUAAGCCUUUGAAUACCUUCUUCUACAGUAUACCAAGGCAGGUCUGGUACUUUAAUGUAGGCCACUAUGUAAGCCAUACUUCAGCAAACAAGUAAAUUAUUAGAUCCUUUCCUGACCUCUCGAGCUAAAACAUUGAAUGAAUAAUCUGUGCUUAGUGGGGCCAUAUCAGUUAGUUCAGACUGAUCCAAUGUUAUGUUCCUUGCACCAUUAUCCCACACCCUUAAUAGCCAUUCCCACACAUAUUCCCCAGGUUCCUGUUUGGAUUAGAAAAAUCGACCAGUUCUUUUGGAAUGUAGUAUACCUCCUCCUAGGUCACACUUUGUACUUCACCUUUUGGGACUCACUGGGACUUAAGUCUGGUUAUAGGUCUAGAAGCAAAAAUGGGUAGUAAGGAUAUGUUCUGAGAACAUUCAGCAAUGUCUUGUAAGGCAUCUGUCUCAGGCAAUGCUCCAGGUGCUGACUCAUACACCACCCCUCAAAUAAAGGCUCUUCAGGCACAGCUAGAUUAAUCUCAUAAGAUGGGGGUGGAGGGACUAGUGGUUUUGUUGGCAGGAGCGAUUCAACAGAAUUUAGUGUCCCCAGCUUCUUGAUUAUCUGCCCAUAUGUCCCCAACUCAAGUUUCAGGAUCCUGUUUCUUCUCAAUCAAUGCUCUCACUUUAACGUCGGACACUACUUGAGGUUGGGAAUUCAGUUGGCAUUGUAAUUCAGCCACUCUUACAAUAAGAUUCUGGAUUUGGUUUUCAGCAAUAUCAACUCUUACUAUAAGAAAUAAGGCUUUCUUUCAGGGCACAAGUGGCAAGUUUGAGGUCAUUUAUGUAGCGUUUAAGCUUUGACUUUAAAGCCGAGUUCAUCUCUUUUUUUCACUACUUUGUGUAGGACCGAUCAACCAGCUUCCUUAUAUUUCUCAUUCUGACGAAAUUGUGAAAAUUAUCAAAUGUGAUCACCCAGAGCCUUGCCAUUCACCAAUACUUGAUCUGUUGGUGGUGAUAUUUUGCAUAUUUCUAUUGCUACCUCACACCAUGGAUUAGCAGUGCCCUCCUUACUACUGAGAGCAGAGUCAACAUCUUUAAAAAAGACUAACCAGGCUUGGGAACCAAUUUAGAAAACUCAUUCUUACAAUUUUGUUUCUCUAGAACCACUCUUGGUACCAAAUGUCUUAGACUGGGUUCUCUAAAAAAGCAAAACCAGUGAAGUGUGCGUGUGUGUGUGUAUAAAUAUAUAUAUAUGUAUAUGUGUGUAUAUAUAUAUGUAUGUAUGUACAUAUAGCAGUUGUAGAGGCAGGAAAGCCCCAAGUCCAUGGGUCAUGUGUCAGGCUGGAGGUUUCUACUGACUCAUAUAGCUGCAGGGGCUAACAAGCCCAAGAUCAGCAAGUCAGACAGCAGGCUGCUGUCUUAUGGGCUGCAGAGGCUAAUGAAUCUCAGAUUGAUAAGAUGACAGGCUGCUGGCUCAAGUCCUAAGAACCAGAGUUCAGAUGAUGACGAGACAAAUGCAGGACCCAGAACAGAGCAAAAGCCAGUGAGCUUUGCCAGAAAGUUCAUAUGUAUUGGAUGCAGGCUAUACUUCCAAGGAAACUCCCUUUCAACUGAUGGCUGCUUAUAGCAGAUCUCAUCAUGGAAGUGAUUACAUUAUAUCAGACCUCAUCAUGGAGGUGAUUACAUCAUUCCAUAACUGCCAAACUACUGAGAAUCGGGGCCCAGCCAAGUUGACAUACAGCCUUAACCAUCACAGGUAUGGAUGAGCAGUGUACAUGUAUGGCCUGCACAGUUGUAAAUUAUUCUUUGUUCUCCAAAUAUGGCCUCCUAUAACUGAAAUGUUUUUGUCAAUGUCUAAGCCAUUUCAUUUGUUUAUGGUGCUUAGCUGUUUUGUUCAGUUUCUCAAAAGAACUUUCUAUUUUCUUUUUGGUGAGUUUAGAAAAAGCCCAGUUAAUUUUGACAACAGUUUUGUGACUGAUCCUUGGAUAAGGUUAAAAAUUUCUUCCAUGAUUUUAAUACCAGAGUCAGACCUCCAUUACUGUAUCUAGAAUAAUAGGAAGUGCUGCUUUUGAUCCUCAGAGUAUAGAUAUAGGCAGUCCCUGAGUUACAAAUGAGAGCUGUUCCUAAGUGUGUUUUUUAAUUGAAUUUGUAGGUAAGUAGGGACCAAAAAAAAAGUUUUUUUUUUUUUAGGGACAGGUACAUACAUUUCUUAUUUAGCCUUAUUUUAGGGCAGUUUUACCCUGUUCUAUAGGAUCACUAUGAGUCGGAAUCGACUUGAUGGCAACAUUUUUUUUUUUUUCAGUGCAAGAAAAGGCUCGAAGCCUUUUCAAUGACUUAAAAUCUGCACAUUCAGCAAGUGAAGGUGAUUGUGGUGAAGAAUUUUUUUUAGGGGUUGGUUCAAUCAUUUCAAAGUGAGGGCAAAUUUAUGUAAUAGUAAAGGGCAAGGGCAGGUACUGUCUGUAAGUCAGACAUAACCUGGUGACUGCCUCUAUGCCUGAAUUGUAAUUUAAGAAGACUUUACCCAAUACGGGGCCCUGGUGACACAGUGGUUAAGUGUUUCGCUGCUUACCAAAAGGAUGGCAGUUCAAAUCCAUCAGCCGCUCCUUGGAAACCCUAUGGGGCAGUUCUACUGUGCCCUGUAGUGUCACGAUCAGCUGAAAUCAACUCAAAGGCAACAAGUUUGGUUUGGUUUUUUGUUACUCAAUAUAGCUAAAUGUUCACUAUAGAAUCUAGGGGUAUUCACUGUAUAAUUCUUUCAACUUUUCUGUAUGUCUGAAAAUUUUCACAAUAAAAUAUUGAGAAAAACACAGAAAAGAAGGUAUUGUCCUGCUUCGAGGGAAUAUUUGUUGACACAUACCUAAUGAAUUUGCUUUAAUUAAGUGCCAAACAUUGAAAGGCAGAAAAUACUUUGCGACUACUCUUUGGCAUGGGUCAAUGAACAUGGUAACUUACAUAACAUUUUAAAUAUGCUGUAGUGCUUUCACUUUAAAAUUGCAACUGGUUUAUACUAAAACAAAUUUGGAUAAUAGUACAAGGGUCCCAUGUUGAUGUAUUGGAAAUAGGAAUAAAUGUGUCAGUUGGUAUGAGUGAAAUUUCAUGGAUGUCCAAUCCCCUUAAGAUAAUGUAUAGAUAGAUAUGCAGCAAGAAAAAAUUUGUGAAUUUGAAUUACUGUCAAUUACUAUCUCUUCUCUUCUGGACAAGAUUGGGUUUUGUUGAUUUUGAGAAGAAUCAGGCAGGAGCAGACCCACCAAAUUGAAGGCAAAGCCAAGGAGGAAUUGAUGGAGAAGUCAAAUGUUGUGUAUGGGAAGAGGAGAAACUCAUGUGAGUGUUGAAUGCUUAAUUUUGGGGAAAGAGUUUGUCAAGUGCUAGAAAAGAUUAUAUAACUCUUCCCAAAAAUUUGGUUUCUGUCCCAAAGCAGUUUCAUGCUGCAGGGAGCAAAAAAUCCUCAGUUCUUUCCUUGGUUCCAUUGAGCCAAAUGGCUUGCUCAGAUGCUCCAAACAUCAAGCUAGAACUUAACAGAGGAUUGUCUCCGUGAAUCAAAAUGGAUUUUAACAUUAUUUUUCUUUAAACUAAGGCAGGAGCUAAUGUUUUUAUUAUGUCUUUAAUAGUAUAGCUGAUUGUAAUUUUUCAGCACUGCUAUGUAUUUUAAAAUGCAUUAUUUUUUUAUUAAAAAUGUUAUGUUUAUGUAUAUAUUUUCAUAUAUACCUGCAUGAAUUUGAGAGAUUUGUCUAACUGUAACUGAAGGGGUAUUUCAA